UUCAGAGAGAAGAUGGUUUUGCUUGGGUUCAGUCCUUUAUUAAUUGCUUCGCUGAUCGUCAACUUUGUGUCUUCAGGAAGCUUGAUCAAAUAUGUUUCCAUGAAGAGUAUUGUGGGUGUUUCAUUCAUCAGCAACUACAUGUGCUGUUGUGAACCCAGAAUAGAUUAUGCUGAAGUUCUGAAGAAAUUAAAUGUAGAGGGAUAUGUUACAAACGGAGUAUGGCAACAGAUUUGUAAAGCCAAAACUGAAGUGACCCUGAAUCCUGACACAGCCGGCCCGGGACUCACAGUCAACGUAGACGACUCACUGGUGAAAUUCACAGGGGACAGAGAAGCAGAGUGGCCCAGUGUGCUGGGCAGGAAGGUGUUCACCUCAGGGAGACACUACUGGGAGGUGGAGGUGAGAGAGAAGGGCUACUGGGCUGUGGGGGUCUCCACACACCCUGGAGAGAAGAUCAUACCUGAGAAACCAGAGGAGGGCUACUGGCUUGUGAGGCUGUCCGCUAGAGGGAGGAAGUAUGAAGCAGUGGGCAAGAGCCUGGUCACUCACCCUCCUCCAUCCCUACAAGAGAGACAGUCCCCUCUCCCUCUCACACUGAAACACAAGCUAUAUAAAGUGGGGAUGUAUCUGAACUAUGGGAAAGGGGAAUUGUCAUUUUACAACGUCUAUGAUGCUGACAAUAGAUAUGCAAUGCAUACUUUUAAAUACAACUUCACUGAGGUGGUUUACCCCGUCUUCAGCCCAGGCUGUCACGAUAAAGCACCUUUGAAAAUCACCAGGUUUGAUUCAACAAGCUCUCCAUUCAGAAUUACAAUUUAGCAUUGCUAUAUAUAUCUACAGCAUUGCUUUAUCUACAGCAUCACAAUACGGCAUUGCUAUAUAUAUCCACAGCAUUGCUAUAUGUACGGCAUCACAAUACAGCAUUGCUAUAUCUACAGCAUCACAAUACAGCAUUGCUAUAUCUACAGCAUCACAAUACAGCAUUGCUAUAUCUACAGCAUCACAAUGCAGCAUUGCUAUAUCUACAGCAUCACAAUACAGCAUUGCUAUAUAUAUCUACAGCAUCACAAUGCAGCAUUGCUAUAUCUACAGCAUCACAAUACAGCAUUGCUAUAUCUACAGCAUCACAAUGCAGCAUUGCUAUAUCUACAGCAUCACAAUACAGCAUUGCUAUAUAUAUCUACAGCAUCACAAUGCAGCAUUGCUAUAUCUACAGCAUCACAAUACAGCAUUGCUAUAUCUACAGCAUCACAAUACAGCAUUGCUAUAUAUAUCUACAGCAUUGCUAUAUCUACAGCAUCACAAUACAGCAUUGCUAUAUGUACAGCAUCACAAUACAGCAUUGCUAUAUAUAUCUACAGCAUCACAAUGCAGCAUUGCUAUAUCUACAGCAUCACAAUACAGCAUUGCUAUAUCUACAGCAUCACAAUACAGCAUUGCUAUAUAUAUCUACAGCAUUGCUAUAUGUACAGCAUCACAAUACAGCAUUGCUAUAUCUACAGCAUCACAAUACAGCAUUGCUAUAUCUACAGCAUCACAAUACAGCAUUGCUAUAUCUACAGCAUCACAAUACAGCAUUGCUAUAUGUACAGCAUCACAAUACAGCAUUGCUAUAUAUAUCUACAGCAUCACAAUGCAGCAUUGCUAUAUCUACAGCAUCACAAUACAGCAUUGCUAUAUCUACAGCAUCACAAUACAGCAUUGCUAUAUCUACAGCAUCACAAUACAGCAUUGCUAUAUCUACAGCAUCACAAUACAGCAUUGCUAUAUAUAUCUACAGCAUCACAAUACAGCAUUGCUAUAUGUACAGCAUCACAAUACAGCAUUGCUAUAUCUACAGCAUCACAAUACAGCAUUGCUAUAUAUAUCUACAGCAUCACAAUGCAGCAUUGCUAUAUCUACAGCAUCACAAUACAGCAUUGCUAUAUCUACAGCAUCACAAUACAGCAUUGCUAUAUCUACAGCAUCACAAUACAGCAUUGCUAUAUAUAUCUACAGCAUUGCUUUAUCUACAGCAUCACAAUACAGCAUUGCUAUAUCUACAGCAUCACAAUGCAGCAUUGCUAUAUCUACAGCAUCACAAUACAGCAUUGCUAUAUCUACAGCAUCACAAUACAGCAUUGCUAUAUGUACAGCAUCACAAUACAGCAUUGCUAUAUCUACAGCAUCACAAUACAGCAUUGCUAUAUCUACAGCAUCACAAUACAGCAUUGCUAUAUAUAUCUACAGCAUUGCUUUAUCUACAGCAUCACAAUACAGCAUUGCUAUAUCUACAGCAUCACAAUACAGCAUUGCUUUAUCUACAGCAUCACAAUACAGCAUUGCUAUAUGUACAGCAUCACAAUACAGCAUUGCUAUAUCUACAGCAUCACAAUGCAGCAUUGCUAUAUCUACAGCAUCACAAUACAGCAUUGCUUUAUCUACAGCAUCACAAUACAGCAUUGCUAUAUAUAUCUACAGCAUUGCUUUAUCUACAGCAUCACAAUACAGCAUUGCUAUAUGUACAGCAUCACAAUACAGCAUUGCUAUAUCUACAGCAUCACAAUACAGCAUUGCUAUAUGUACAGCAUCACAAUACAGCAUUGCUAUAUAUAUCUACAGCAUUGCUAUAUGUACAGCAUCACAAUACAGCAUUGCUAUAUGUACAGCAUCACAAUACAGCAUUGCUAUAUAUAUCUACAGCAUCACAAUACAGCAUUGCUAUAUCUACAGCAUCACAAUACAGCAUUGCUAUAUGUACAGCAUCACAAUACAGCAUUGCUAUAUGUACAGCAUCACAAUACAGCAUUGCUAUAUCUACAGCAUCACAAUACAGCAUUGCUAUAUGUACAGCAUCACAAUACAGCAUUGCUAUAUGUACAGCAUCACAAUACAGCAUUGCUAUAUCUACAGCAUCACAAUACAGCAUUGCUAUAUCUACAGCAUCACAAUACAGCAUUGCUUUAUCUACAGCAUCACAAUACAGCAUUGCUAUAUAUAUCUACAGCAUUGCUUUAUCUACAGCAUCACAAUACAGCAUUGCUAUAUGUACAGCAUCACAAUACAGCAUUGCUAUAUCUACAGCAUCACAAUACAGCAUUGCUAUAUGUACAGCAUCACAAUACAGCAUUGCUAUAUGUACAGCAUCACAAUACAGCAUUGCUAUAUGUACAGCAUCACAAUACAGCAUUGCUAUAUGUACAGCAUCACAAUACAGCAUUGCUAUAUAUAUCUACAGCAUUGCUAUAUGUACAGCAUCACAAUACAGCAUUGCUAUAUGUACAGCAUCACAAUACAGCAUUGCUAUAUAUAUCUACAGCAUCACAAUACAGCAUUGCUAUAUCUACAGCAUCACAAUACAGCAUUGCUAUAUGUACAGCAUCACAAUACAGCAUUGCUAUAUGUACAGCAUCACAAUACAGCAUUGCUAUAUCUACAGCAUCACAAUACAGCAUUGCUAUAUCUACAGCAUCACAAUGCAGCAUUGCUAUAUCUACAGCAUCACAAUACAGCAUUGCUAUAUCUA